GACACCGGAUAAUUCACCACCUCUUCACAUCAGAGACAAACCAAUCGCCUUGUGCAGUACAAGACAGGUCGUGUGCAGAUCUUUACCACAGACAAUGUGUUAACUUCUAGAGUGGUCUCCCGCUUACACACAUACCGCAUACGCAGUCCUCAUCGCAAGCGACCCUCCAUGCUCUGGCCAUACCAGCAACCAUCAUGUCUAAGUUUGGCUGUCUAGUAAUGGGCCCUGCCGGCGCAGGCAAGACCACCUUCUGCACGGCUCUGAUCCAGCACCUCCAACACAGCCGGCGCUCAUGCUUCUACGUCAACCUCGACCCUGCGGCAAACGACUUCGCCUACGAACCCGACCUCGAUAUCCGCGACCUCAUCUCGCUAGAAGAUGUCAUGGAGGAAAUGUCAUUAGGGCCUAACGGUGGUCUGAUAUUCUGCUUCGAAUUCCUGCUACAAAACCUCGAUUUCCUCGCCUCCGCCCUCGACCCUGUCACCGAAGAAUAUCUCAUCCUCUUCGAUCUCCCAGGUCAGAUAGAACUUUACACACACAUCCCUCUCCUACCGGAGCUGGUCAAAUAUCUGUCAAGAAUGGGUCCGUUGAAUAUCAAUCUGUGCGCGGCCUAUCUCCUGGAAGCCACAUUCGUGGUAGACAAGGCCAAAUUCUUCGCCGGGACCCUUUCCGCAAUGAGCGCCAUGAUCAUGAUGGAACUUCCGCACGUCAAUAUCCUAUCCAAGAUGGACCUCGUCAAGGACCAAGUACCCAAGAAAGAGCUGAAGCGUUUCAUCGACCCGGAUGCCAAUCUGCUCGAUGAUGAAGACACCGGUAGAGGUACGGCUGAGCAUACCGUUGACCUACGCAAUCCACAAGAGAUUGAUCAGGUCAUGACUGGUGGCUCGUUCAAGCAGCUCAACCGUGCUGUGGCGAGAUUGAUCGAUGAUUUUAGUAUGGUAUCCUUCCUGCAGCUGGACGUGAAUGAUGAAGACAGUGUUGGCGAUAUCCUGAGUUACAUCGACGAUGCCAUCCAAUACCAUGAGGCACAGGAACCAAGAGAUCCGAAAGAGGCGGACAUGGAAGAACCAGCGUGGGAGGAAGGUUGACCAAUUAUUGUAUAUUUCCUAGUCCCGCGAAAUUUUGGUCGUCUUCAUUCGAGUUCGGUCAGCGUCGGCGUUGGAGGCGUGAUCGUUCAUGCAACAUGAAGUAGAUACCCGGGAAUCGAAC